AUGUUUCAAUCUUUGGCAAGCAGAUCCUUGAGCUUCAGAGCAUUUAUCUGCAUCAAGUGCUCUGGAGUACAUAGAAGCCUUGGAGCACACAGAACGAAGGUUUUAUCGGUGAAGCUGGAUGAAUGGACCCAUGAGCAAGUUGAUGAGUUAAUCGAAAUGGGAGGAAAUAUUGCAGUCAACUUGAAAUAUGAAGCUUGUAUUCCAGAUAAUUAUCAGAAACCAAAACCAAAUUCCUCUAUAGAGGAGCGAGAAGAUUUCAUAAGGAGAAAAUAUGAGUUGCAACAGUUUCUGAACAAAGAUAAGCAGAUGUCAUGCCCCUUUCCAGCUCCAUCGCCCUCAGAUUGUAGUGCUUUAAUCUGUUAUUCUAAAUCACCCAGUGAGAGAAAACACUAUGAGAAACAAACCACCAGUAAUCGCAUUCAGGGUAUAGGCCAUGCACUUCGCAAAAGCUGGAGAAGAUCUGAAAGCAAGGGAACAAAGAAAAGCACCUCAAUGGCAGGUAUGGUCGAAUUUGUAGGAUUGAUCAAGGUUAACGUAGUGCGAGGGACCAACCUAGCUAUCCGAGAUAUAUUGACAAGUGACCCAUACGUCAUCCUCUCACUGGGAAAUCAAUCAAUGAAGACACGCGUCAUAAAUAGUAACCUGAAUCCAGUUUGGAAUGAAAAGCUAAUGUUGUCAAUUCCUGAAAACGUUCCACCGCUGAAGUUGCUUGUAUACGACAAGGAUACAUUCACGCCUGACGAUUUUAUGGGGGAUGCUGAGAUUGAUAUUCAGCCUCUGGUGACUGCUGCAAACGCCUUCGAGUGCUCCUCAAUCUACGAGUCAACACAGCUUGGAAAGUUGAAGGCGAGCAAAGAAAAUGCACUCGUUCGUGAUGGUGUCAUCACCUCUGAAGAUGGUAGGGUGAAGCAGGAUAUUUGUAUCCAGUUGCAGAAUGUUGAAUGUGGAAUUGUAGAAAUCGAGCUUGAAUGUAUGCCGCUCACACAAUAG